AUGCAGCUGGGUUUUCAGGGGACAGUCCCUUUGCUGUACUUGCUGAUUCUGACUUUGUGUUUCUUCAGGGAGGAUGGGGAGCUGGAAGAAGGGGAGCUGGAAGAUGAUGGGGGCGAGGAGCCCCACAGUGUUUCGGAGACACGGGAAAGGAGUCGGAAAGAGAAAAAUGAGAAGCAUCACAGUGACUCAGAUGAAGAGAAGCCCCACCGGAGGAAGAGGAAGCGGCGGAAAGAGCGAGAGAAGGAGAAGCGAAGGUCGAAGAAGAAAAGGAAAUCCCGGCACAAGCGCCAUGCCUCCUCGAGUGAAGAGUUCUCCGACUACAGCGAGGAUUCAGACUUCAGCCCUAGCGAGAAGGGGCACCGGAAGUAUCGGGAUUACAGCCCUCCCUACUCCUCCUCCCACCCGCAGUAUUCCUCUUCUCAUGGCGCCCCAAAGAAGGGGUAUUCCAAAAUGGAAAGCAAGAGUUACCCCCCCUAUGAGGAUUAUGAGAACGAGGGGUAUUGUGAAUAUGAGGGAGAGGAGGAUGAAGAUGGGGGGAAAGAAGAUUAUGACGACUUCGCCAAGGAGCUGAACCAGUACCGGAUGGCCAAGGAAGGAGGGACGCAUCGGGGCCGAGGGGGCCGUGGCCGUGGCCGAGGGUACCGUGGCCGUGGCAGCAGAGGAGGAACGAGAGGGCGAGGCAUGGGCAGAGGUGGACGGGGCAGGGGACGGGGAGAUCAUCCUGAGGACGAGGAAGAAAUGUACGAGGAGGAAAUGGAGUACUGCGAAGGAGAAGAGCCGGGAGGGGAGGAGGACUAUGACGACUACUCCAAGGAGCUGAGCCAGUACCGCAGGAGCAAGGACGGAAGGGGGCGAGGACUGGGCCGUGGCCGUGGCCGUGGCUCCAGAGGGCGAGGCAAGGGGAUGGGCCGGGGACGAGGGCGUGGCAGAGGGGGUACAGGCAAAGGAGGAGGGAUGAACGAAGAUGAUGACUACUACGAUGAAGACCUGGGGGAUGGAGGCGGGAAUUACAGGCGUGGCGACCAUGAGAAGUCUCAUCAGCAGUCGGACAAGAAAGGCAAAGUCAUCUGCAAAUACUUUGUGGAAGGCAGAUGCACCUGGGGGGAACACUGCAACUUCAGCCAUGACAUUGAGCUCCCAAAGAAGCGGGAGUUGUGCAAGUUCUACAUCACAGGCUACUGUGCCAGAGCAGAAAACUGUCCCUACAUGCAUGGGGACUUCCCUUGCAAGCUCUUCCAUACCACCGGGAACUGCAUCAACGGGGCGGACUGCAUGUUUUCUCAUGAGCCCCUCACGGACGAGACACGGGAGCUUCUGGAGAAGAUGCUGGCUGAUGAUGCUGAAGCCGGAGCAGAAGACGAGAAGGAGGUGGAGGAGCUCAAGAAGCAGGGCAUCAACCCCUUGCCCAAGCCGCCUCCCGGGGUGGGCCUGCUGCCAACCCCACCUCGCCCUCCGGGGCCCCCGGCACCGGCCUCUCCCAACGGCCGGCCGAUGCCCGGAGGCCCGCCUGCUCCUCCCCCCCUCCCGCCCCCCGGAGCCCUGCCGAUGCCCCCUCCGCCCCAUGAGCCCCUCUCCCCUCAGCAGCUGCAGCAGGACAUGUACAAGAAGAUCCCCUCCCUCUUUGAGAUCGUGGUGAGGCCCACCGGCCAGCUGGCGGAGAAGCUGGGGGUCAGGCACCCGGGCCCAUCCCCACCACGCUUCCCGGGGCCUGUGCAUCCUGACAUGUGCCCCGACAUGCCUCCCGACAUGUGCCCAGACAUGUGCCCAGACAUGCCGAUGGGCCCUGGGAUGAACCCCGGCCCUCCGAUGGGCCCUGGGCUGCCCAUGAUGCCCUUCGGCCCGGAUGACCUGCCCCCUGGCCCGCCCCCACAGGACUUCUAUGACGGCUUCUACCCCCCCCCUGAAGGCAUGGAGAUGGAGCCUGGCAUGAUGGGUGGCCCAGAGGGCUACGGGAACUAUGAGGAGAUGGAGGAGCUGCCCGGAGAGAACAUCUUCCCAGACCCCUCCUUGGAGCCUGACGCCGCAGGGGAGGGCAUAGCUCCUCGACUAGCAAAGCCCCCCGCCAGCAUCCCCGACUUCCUGCCCUCCACGCAGAGGGCCCUUUACAUGCGGAUCCAGCACAAGCAGCAAGAGGAGGAGGAGGAGAGGGCUCGCCGUCAGGCGGAGGGCUGCAAGCAGGAGCGGGAGCCGGAGGAAGGUGAUCCUGGGAACUGGUACUCCAGCGAUGAGGACGAUGGCAGCAGCAGCGUGAGUUCCAUUCUGAAGACGCUGCGGCAACAGAGUUCCAGCAGGCCCCAUGACGAGACGCCAGGCGGCAGCACGAGCCCUGCCCCAGCCAGGAGCGACCCUCGCCUCCAGAAGAGCCAGGCGCUGGGGGGCGCUCGACCCGCAGACCCUCGUCUCCUGCGGGACCCCAGGCUCUCUCGGGGCGUGGAAACGACUGGGUCCUCCGGGGCUGGAGACACGGGGCCCAGUGACCCGAGACUGGCCCGGCACAUAGCUCCCUCUGCCCCGAAAGCAGAACCUUUGCACGCCAGCCCCACUGCCGGCCCGAAGGCGGUCACGAUUGCUGAGGAGGAGGAAGGGGAGAGGGAGAUCCGAGAUAAGCCCAUCCCCAUCCCGCUGGAAGCCCUGCCGAAUCACCCCCAGCGGGACCCCCGCUGUCAGCUGCAGCAGUUCAGCCACAUCAAGAAAGACGUCGUCCUGCUCAAGCCCAGCUUUGCCCGCAUGGUCCUUUGGAGUCCAGAGGAUCUGAUCCCUUUGCCUGUCCCUAAGCAGGAGUUUGUUCCUGUCCCAGCUGCCCUCCAGGCCCUGCCUGCCCUCGAUCCACGCCUUAACCGGCCACAGAACAGCAGCCUUUCGGACCCCCGGCAACGGGCCGCAGCCCCCGCUGAAGCCUCGGCCAAUUCCAGCUCCAGCCUCCCGGAUUUUGAGCUGCUCUCCAGGAUACUGAAGACGGUCAAUGCGGCCGGGAGCCCCGGCCAGAGCGACAAGCCAAGUGACCCCCGGAUGCGGAAGGCCCCUGCAGACCCCCGGCUGCAAAAAGCUGCUGAGUCCGUGACCCCGACGCCUGCCAAGCCGGCUGAUGCCAGUGCCCCAGCAGCCGGCCCCCUGGCCGGCUCUGAGGCGGCCCCUGGAAUAGCCCCGUAUGACCCCCGGCUGCUGACGGCAGGAGGCUUAAACAGAGGGGGAGGCGGCAGCCAGAGCAGCGUCCUGAGCGGGAUCAGCCUCUAUGACCCCCGGGCUCCUCCGGGCUCCUCUUCCAGCGCUGGCAAGGCCACGGAGCUGGCUGGCGAGGGAAGCCCUGCCACCAGGGGCCCGGAGGGCAGCAAAAGCAGCAGAGGCAAGGAGCCCUUGUUUGUGCGUCGAUCGGCCCUGGAUCAGCCUGAACCGGAAAAGCCCAGCACUGACCCCGCCUCCGACAGGUACAACAGCUACAAUCGGCCACGGCCCAAGACAGCCACCACCGUGGCCACCACCCCUGCCACAGAGACUGCCACGCAACCUGGCGUCCACAACCUCCCCGUGCCCCCCGUCUAUGGCAUGGUGAAGCAGGCCGCCAAGUCUGGCGCAGGCAGUCCGUUUGCCGGGAACAGCCCUGCCCAGGAGGGGGAGCCGCAGGACGCCGGCUCGCUCAAGGACGUCUUCAAGGGCUUUGACCCCACGGCUUCCCCCUUCUGCCAGUAGUAU